AUUCCGUAAAAACUUCCGGUUGAGUUCCUAUCGACGCCAACUCUAAAAGAAUCUGCGUUACUGAGGAGCAAAUUUUUAUGAAAUAGGAAAAAAAUUAAACUGAAUUUAGGCAAUCAAAUUAUUGGAAUCCUUAAAAGAAUUUCUAAACUUUAUUUAAAAUUUUACAAGUUAUUGCUUUUAAUCGCCAUAAUAUAACAAGUUAAAGCACGUUCAAGCCGCACAAAUGAAUUUUUCACAGCUUGACGGACCCUAAAUUCUUUCAAAUUUUCUCAAAGUAAAGUAAUGGUAUCAUCUGCAAUGCAGCAUACAUCGUUUAGUGGUUUCCAUUUUAGGCAACGCCAGGAAAGAAUUGAUUGGAGAAGAUUAGCUGCUAUUGAUGUUGACUCUGUGGCUAGAAAUUUAGACUUUCAAACUUUACAAGAAAAUAUUAUGAAUGUAACGUUCUGUAAUAUUGAGUCUGAGAUUGAUACAAGAAAUGUUGAUCCAAAUUUUCUUAAACUAUUUAAAUUAUCUCAAUUGACGAUAGAGUACUUACUGCAUUCGCAGGAUUAUCUUUCAGGAGUUGUGACAGCAUUAGAGGAGAAAAUUGAAAAAACCAAUCAAGAAUUAAGUGAACGCGAAGGUAAAGCUGAAAAGUUACAAAGCGAACUCCACGAUGUCAAAAGAGAGAGUCAUAAAAGAAAGAAAAUGCUAAUUGCCCAACAGCAAAUAAUGCAUGCUGGUGCAAAUAGCUAUCAUAAGUGUCCAUACUGUCCUAAGGCUUUUAUAUCAGAAUCAUUCCUGCAGUCUCAUAUUGUUCGUAGGCAUGAAGAUAGCGCUCAACCAGCGAAACAAGCAGAACCUACUAAUUUUGGUGCCUCGCAAGGCCAGAUUCAAAAAGUCAAUACGGAAUUAGAAAAUGAGUUGGUACUAUUGAAAAAACAAUUUUCUAAAACAGAAAACCAACUUGAAGAAAUGAAAAGACGAAAUAGACAAUUCCAAGAGGAAGCUGAACAGAAAGAAAGAGAUAAAAAGAGAGAAAUGGAAUCUUGGAAGAGAGAACAGAUUGAUGAUAGAAAAAAAGAGCUUGACAAGAUUAAAGAAUAUUAUGGCGGACAAUUGAGAGAAAUGACUUCGAAGUAUGAAAAUGCAGAAAAAAAUUUGGAUAAAGUUAGAAAAAAAUCUUCGCUAGGAAACAAGUUGGAAGAUGACGAUGAUGAUGAUGAUGAUGAAAAUCGUCAAUUGAAGAAACAAGUUGCUAUGAAUAAUGCUAUGAGAGCAGAUCUGGAAAAGAAGAUUGAGGAACUCAACGAAAAAUGGGCUAAUAAAUUUGACGAAACAAAAAAAGAGUAUGAGAGAAAGAUAAGUGGGUUAGAAAGAGCGAGAGAAGCGACACCUCAAGUAAUUGAGAAACGAAUUGAAAAGAGGGAAACUCAAUUAAAACCUAAUGCUGCUUAUAGAAAUGAUGAAAUACAAACAUUUGAUAAACCAACACCUUCACCAAGGGAGAAGAAAAAUGUUCAGGGCAAUAGAAACUCUGAUUACUAUGAUAAUGAUAGCGAGGACGACGAAGAUGAAGACGAUGAUGACGAUGAAAAUGCCGAUGAAAAUGAGACUACAGCUGCUGAUUAUAAGAAUACUCUUAAUGCAACAUCGGCUUCUGGAAUAACUGGGUUUGGUACCGGCUCUCUUACAUCAACAAUGAGCCAAAGAGUAGAAGAAAAACUUAAAACUGAUACUCAAUUGUUAAAGAGAACGAAGGAUGUUAUAAUUGGAGUUCUUUCUGACAAAUUAAGACAAAUGGGUAUUAAUGAGAGGGAAAAAACUGGAAUAACUGACGAAGAAUUGAAAGAGAAACAAAGCUUUUUAAAUUAUUCUCGUAGAAAAUUACAGAAAGAUCGACCUAAUUUAUUACAAAUUCGACAAGAGAUUAGUAAUCUGUUAGAAUCAUUAACAGAGGAUAGAACUCCACAACAAACAACACUCCCACCUGUCUUUAAAUCGAUAAAUAAAAUAAAUCGAUUAAAAUUAUUACAAUUACCAUUUAUCGACUUAUUUCGAUAUGAGAAUUUGGAUUCAAGUAUUUUAGUUGAUUGUAAAAAGAGAAAGAAUUGUUUAUUAACCACUUUGAAAGAGUCAUUUGGUUUUCUUAAUCCUAAACCGUUACCUCUAUUCGAUGGUAUUCGAUCCGGUAUAAAGAAAGCUCCUUGGCAUUAUAAAUUAGAUAAAAAAAAUAGAUCAAGAAAUGCCAAUGCAAGCCCAAGUUCGACACUACCUGCUGAUGCUGGUAGAACUGAAUUUAGUAAACCUAGACCUGCACCAAGGGCCUCCAGCCCUCCACAUCGUACACCAAGUCCUCAAAAGCCUUCAACUAGAAUUUCUCAAGACUCUCUAGGUACAACUCAAACUUUUAGUGAGAGUUAUAGCUAUACCAGAACGAGUUCUAACUUCGAUUCGUAUUCUUACACUGGCGAUUCUGACGAAUCAGAGGAUGAGGAAUCAGAUUAUACAGACGAUGAUGACGAUGGCAAAGCGUUCGGUCACCAAGUACCAGAUCCAGAUUCUGUUGCAGUGAGGAAUGUCAGUCGUCAGCCUCAACGUCAAUCCCAACCUCAACGUCAACCCCAACCUCAACCUCAGCGUCAACCUCAAAAUCAAGCCGUACGACAACCCCAACGCCAACCCCAAAAUCAACCCAAAGCACAAAAGCCUAAAGAAGAAGAUUAUGACGAUUGGGAUGAUGAUGGUAUAAGCGAAUUACAAGAGAAAAUUCCAGCAUCGACAAAAGGAAAGAAGCCUAAUUUAAGCGAAGAUUCAGGGUCUGACCUCGAUAAUAUCACCCCAGCGAGUUCUGAUUAUGAUUUUGAUACACCUAGACAACCGAAAAGACCUACAACAAGAACAAGUACUCAUACAGAUAACUCUAAUAACACUUUACAAACGAGUCAAUGGGGCGGCUCAUCAAAAGCUUACGAUGACGCUUACGAUGAUAGUGAUGCUGUUUAA